AUGAGCACCGUCAGCAACAAGUCGUUCGAGGUCAACCUCCAGGGCGAGGUUCCGUACAAGGACUACACGGCCUUCGAGGAGCGCAUCCGCGGCCUCUGCGGCGACGACACGGAGAAGGAGCAAUUCUCGUACAAGGAGUAUGUCUACAACUUUGACGCGCAGAGCCCGCAAGGCGUGCCCAACUACGAGGUCCGCGCGCGCCACGUGAUCUACGGCUCGUGCACGUUUACGGGCGCGGCCGUCGAAGCCACGUCCAAGGCAGGCCAGAAAUGGGAGCUGCGCUACAUUGGCAAGUGGGAGCGCAAGAAGCCGACCGAUCAGACGGGCCGCGCCGCGCAGAGCGUCGCGUACCGCAGCCAAGUCGCUGUCUCGGCCAGCGACAACGUGCGCACCUUCCUCUCGACGCUCGGGUUCCGCCAUAGCUUUCGGUACAUGCGGUCGGGCACGCGCUGGAACUUUCCCAAUGGCAUCAUGGUCGAAGCGACGCGCAUGAAGCCCCUCGAGAAGGACGAGCAAGAUGACUUUCCGCUCGAAAACAUGCAGGUCGACGCGCUUCUCGUCGAGGUCUCGGCGCUCACGACCGACGACAAGAUCGAAGAGGUCGCGCAAAAGAUCCGCCGGCUCGCGAUCGAUCUCGACCCGUACUUUAUCGAGCGGCCCGUCGAAGGCAAGGAAGUGUCCCAUCAUACCGCGAUCCUUGCUGGUGAGAUGCGCAACAUGAAGAAGCAAAAGGUUCGCCGGUAA